GGCGGCGGCGGCCUGGGAUUCGGGCGGGAUGGAGGAGGCCGCCAUCGGAGAUGCCGAACUCAACUGGUCCCGCCUCAGCGUGUCGGCCGAGGCGCUGGAGUCGGAACUGGAGGCGCGCGCGGAGGAGCGGCGGGGCUCGCGGGAGGCGCUGCUGCGCCUGCUGCUGCCUUACAACCGGCUGACGUCGCUGCCGCGGGCGCUGGGCAGCGGCUUCCCGCACCUCCAGCUCCUGGACGUCAGCGGGAACGCGCUCACGGCGCUGGGGCCCGAGCUGCUGACGCUGAGCGGCCUGCGCACGCUGCUGGCCAGGAACAACCGACUCGGCGGCCCGGGCUCGCUGCCCAAGGGCCUGGCCCAGUCGCCGCUCUGCCGCAGCCUCCAGGUGCUCAACCUCAGCGGCAACUGCUUCCAGGAGGUGCCCCCCUCGCUGCUGGAGCUGCGAGCGCUGCAGACCCUCAGCCUGGGCGGCAACCAGCUGCAGAGCAUCCCCGCCGAGAUCGAGAACUUGCAGAGUUUAGAAUGUUUAUACCUUGGAGGAAACUUCAUUAAAGAAAUCCCACCAGAAUUAGCAAAUCUACCUUCUCUGAAUUACUUGGUGUUAUGUGACAACAAAAUCCAAAGUGUGCCUCCUCAGCUUUCACAGUUGCAUUCACUUCGUUCCCUCAGUCUCCACAAUAACUUGCUGACAUAUCUUCCUCGAGAGAUCCUCAACCUUAUUCAUCUGGAAGAGUUGAGUUUGCGAGGAAAUCCAUUGGUUGUUCGUUUUGUUAGAGAUUUAACAUAUGAUCCUCCAACUCUUCUGGAAUUAGCUGCAAGGACCAUUAAAAUCCGAAGUAUUUCUUACACUCCCUACGAUCUUCCUGGGAAUCUUCUUAGAUACUUGGGUUCAGCCAGCAAUUGCCCAAACCCAAAGUGUGGUGGUGUCUAUUUUGACUGUUGUGUCAGACAGAUUAAGUUUGUGGACUUCUGUGGGAAGUAUCGCCUCCCCCUGAUGCACUACUUGUGUUCUCCAGAAUGUUCUUCCCCCUGUAGCUCUGCAUCACACAGCUCCACAUCCCAGAGUGAGUCCGACUCAGAAGAUGAAGCCAGUGUUGCUGCACACAGGAUGCAGAAAGUUCUUCUGGGUUGAGCGGCAGUGGGUCUGGAGAGAUACUAAACACUACGCAAAGAUAUUGAAAAAGAAAAUGGAGCUUGAAGUUGAUUGGAAACCUUAGUGUUUUCAUCUUGAAUGUCUGUGUAGGAGUUGCAGUGAUGUAAAAGGUUUUGCAUUCCAUCUAUCUGUUCAGCAAGAUUGAGUCCAGUUCCACGUUUAGACUCUUUGAGUGUAAUUUGUUCUGAAUGGCAGUUCACAAUUGAGCUCAGCUGGUUGGUCACAAUUUUCACUGAAAUCUUUAUGAAACACUAGCAGAAUGGUACACCCUGAAGAGCAGUCAUCAUCAGCCUGGAGUGGUGUCACUUGGGGCAGUUGGGUUGACUAAGUAAGACUUGAUGACAGUUAUACUUCCAGAGUUGUCCUGGUUUGUGCUGAACACUCUGCCAUGAGUAGACUGGGCCUUCCCCUGUGUCACCCCUGACUUGAGCCUUUCUGACCAACUAACUGGUACAGUAAGGACUGUCACUUUCCAGUGGACUGUCUAAACUUUAGCUCUUGUUUGGUGUGAUUGUUACUAACCUUAUGCAGUCUAGCUGGGAUGUGUUACAGUGCCUUAAUCCUAGCAAGGAUGUGGAAGCUUAUCCUAGAAAUGACUUCAGAGCAGCCUACAGCCUGACACUAUGCAAACAAAACACUUGGAACUGUGCUUUCUCAGACUAAACCCUAUAGAUUGUCCCUGAGUCCUGCAGGCCUGGGACUCGGGAUGUAGAAUGGGCUGGCCAGGAACUCUGAGAUCCACUUGCCUCCACCUCCUGGUGCCGGCAUUAAGGUGUUCAUCACCACCUCCUUCCAUGGCUAUCUUAACUUCAUUUUGUUAACUGUAGUGAUCUUGUGUAAGCAAGGCUACAGUCAGGAUCCAUCUGUUCACCAAAAGAUAGAAUCAUCGUUCUUGACAGAAAAAUCUAGAUGACAAGUAAUCUGAGAAAAGCUGCUUUAUAAUAAUGGACUAAAUGAGGAAAAGUUGGACAUGGUAGUGCACACCUCCACACUAGCACUUGGGAGGUAGAGGCAGAAGGUCAGGAGUUCAAAGUUAGCCUAGGCGCCAUAGUGAAGUUGAGGCCAGCCUGGGCUGUAUACAUGAAAACUUGUCUCAUAGUGGGGGUGGGUUAGGGUGGGGUGGAUUUUAACUGUCAAAUGUGUCGCCUUUGCUUGUAUACUAAACCAAAACUUUCUCGGCAUUUGAAAGACAAACUACAACUAGAUAGCAUGACAGUUGAAGGGAGUCUGAAGUAGAGCUCAUUAUGUUCAUCCACAAUAGACUAGUUCACAGAGUUGGGAUAACCAUUGAACAUGGAGGAAGAGGUAUCGAGAAAACAGAAAAGAAAACACUAAUAAAAUGUUGCAUCCUUAAGGUGGAGGAGAAUUGUAGUAACACAAAUUAUUGUCAUUGGAAAUUAACAAAUUUUACUAACUAGUUGAUUAUGCAAUAAAAGCUAAUAUUAAAACUCUAAAUUGACAUUAGAAAACCUUUAA